AUGUCUACCAUACUUCUUACUGGAGCGAAUUCGUUUGUCGGCUCGCACAUCAUCGAUGCUCUAAUCAAGCUCAACCAUAAGGUGGUUGGAACAGUUCGGUCGGCGGCAGCUGCUAAUGACAUUUACUCUUUUCACCCAGAAUGGAAGGACUCUCUCGAAGUAGUUGUUGUUGAGGAUAUCACAAAUGGAAGUGCAUGGGAUGAAUUAUUUAAAAAGAACAAAUUUGACCAUGUUGUGCAUGUCGCUGCGCCUCUUUUGGACAAUCCGGAGAAUACCGACUACGAUCAGCAUUUCCUAAAUCCCAGUGUUGAAGGCAACCUAGCGAUUCUUCGCUCUGCGCAAGCAAAUGCACCAACUCUAAUGUCUGUCGUCGUCACUGGCUCUAUCAACGCCUGCACUACAGGCUCGCCCGAAGAAGUUUCUGCUGGUCCCCUCACCAACUCCACCUGGCUCCCAAUCUCGCAGGAAGCAGCACGCGAGGCUCAGAAUGCCUACAUCUCUUACUGCUCCGGAAAGAAAGAAGGAGAGCUUGCCAUCUGGGAUUUUGUCAAGACAAACUCUCCUAAAUUUUCCGUCACCGUCUUUCUACCCGCUCUCAUCUUCGGACCUCCGAUAGAGCCAGUGAAGCAGGGCGCCAAAGGUCUGCACUACAGCGCCAAAAUUAUAUACAGCUUCUUUAAUGGCUUAUACACGACAAUUCCGCCCACAACUUUCCCGAGCUACGUCGACGUUCGCGACUUGGCUGAGGCACAUGUAAAAGCGCUCACGGAACCCAAGGUUGCUAAUAAGAGACUCACCAUUGUGCCUGAACUAAAGGGCCGUUUGCCUGCCGACAGUGGAGAGGACGAACAAGUGGUUCCUGCUACAAUCAUCGCGGACGAGGCAACUGAGGCGCUCAAUUUGACAUUUAGGAGCCUCGAUGAGACGAUGGCUGACACGGCCAAGAGAAUCUUGGAAUUGGAGAAGCAAGCUUAG